GCCGAUUGGAUAGCGCGGCACCACGUGACGUCCCUUUAAGAUCUUUCUUGACUGUCCGCGACCAUGGCAAAGGAAAGAUUUCUACCUAAUGACCAGGGCAGAGUUGCUAUGCAAAGGCUCGCGACUUAUAUUUGCCUAGUUUGAAGCGAAAAGGGAUAUAUAAUACGACGAAUGGCGAUUUGACGUUUCACGCGAGGGGAAAAAAACCUCCGGUGCUGCUCAUUCAAGCACUUUUACGCGGGACGCGAAAUGACGCACCUUGAGUUGUUUUAGAUUUUUUCUUCAAAUUUUACUCGUGGAGGAAUGCCACAAGAUUCAAGUGCCUUAUUUGCACAUUUCUUUGGGCUUUUUUGUUCUUGAGCUACUCGGAAUAUUUGCAACAUCAGUUAAGAGAGAAGUUGCAUCGGUGAGAGGAAACGGAUUUUAAACCAGCUGUAGUUUGUUCUUCUUUUAGUAGCUGCGCCUUACUCGCGCGCCGUCGAUGACUCUAGACAACUUAAAACAUUCCGCGAUACUCACAACCUUAUUUAAAAUGGCUGACGAUAAUGAUUUAAUAGGUGCUUCGGAGUUUAUUAAAGAUCGACUCUAUUUUGCAACCUUAAGGAGCAAGCCGAAAAGCACUGCAAAUACGCAUUACUUUAGCACGGAUGAGGAGUUUGUGUACGAAAACUUUUAUGCCGAUUUUGGACCCCUCAAUCUUGCCAUGCUGUACAGAUACUGCUGUAAACUCAACAAAAAGCUGAAGCUGGCAAGGUGUAGUUCUCUCAUGUGUUCAUGUUUUGGAAUAUUAAAGUCGUUUACACUGACGAGAAAGAGGAUUGUUCACUACACCAGCUUUGACCAGCGCAAAAGGGCUAACGCUGCUGUGCUCAUCGGUGCUUAUGCUGUGAUUUACCUGAAGAAAACACCAGAGGAAGCCUACAGAGCCCUGACUUCAGGCUCCAAUGCCUCGUAUCUUCCCUUCAGGGAUGCUUCAUUUGGGAAUUGCACAUACAAUCUGACGGUUCUUGACUGCUUGCAAGGCAUUAGGAAGGCCCUUCAGCACGGAUUCUUGAACUUUGAGACGUUCGACGUGAACGAGUACGAGCAUUAUGAGCGUGUCGAAAAUGGAGAUCUGAACUGGAUCGUCCCAGGCAAAUUUCUUGCAUUCAGCGGUCCACAUCCGAAAAGUAAAAUAGAGAACGGUUACCCUCUACAUGCCCCUGAGGCUUAUUUCCCAUAUUUCCGCAAGCACAACAUCACCACCAUAGUGCGCCUCAACAAGAAGAUCUACGAUGCCAAGCGCUUCACGGAUGCCGGUUUCGACCAUUACGACCUGUUCUUCGUGGACGGAAGCACACCCGGCGACGUCAUCACCCGCCGCUUCCUGCACAUCUGUGAGAGCACGGAUGGAGCGGUGGCUGUGCACUGCAAGGCGGGUUUAGGCCGGACGGGGACUCUGAUUGGCUGCUACCUAAUGAAGCACUACCGCUUCACAGCUGCCGAAGCCAUCGCCUGGAUCCGCGUCUGCAGACCCGGUUCUGUUAUUGGACCCCAGCAGCAUUACCUAGAAGAGAAGCAGGCGAGUCUCUGGGCUCAUGGAGAUAUUCACCGCUCCAAACAGCGGCAGUAUGAGGACAGAUCUGUGCCUCACCUCAUCUCCAGUAUAGACAACCUUUCCAUCAGCGCCUCCAUCUUUAAAUCCCACAGCUUGGACCGUAUGGAGGAGAAUGAUUACACUGAGAACGACCUCGGUAUGACGCAAGGAGACAAACUGCGCGCCUUAAAGGGUCGACGACAGCCGAGGUCUGCGACCACUGGAGCCAUAAGACUCGAGGACAUGAAGAUGCACACUAGGUCUCUAUCUCAGCCUCUCAGCCGAAUGAAACCGACAGCCACUGGCCAGGGUUCCAUCUCUCCCUUAAAAUCCUCCAAAGUCCCACCAUCCUCCUCCGUCUCUGCCUCUGCCAAGCGCAUUGGCCGUACUUCAUCUUCAUCAACCAACCUCAAGAGCACCAGGUUAGCCAGCUCUUUGGGUAACCUGUACGAACCAAAUGGCGAAUCAAACAGCUCUGGGAAUCCGCCUUCCCCUUCCUCGUUCACUUCCCACCCCGUCCGCACGGGCUACAGCGGCCCGAUUGCCCCACACAAUUACCACUACGAGGUCAACAACAACAACAAUCAGUAUAACACCACCAGCACCCCAAACACCAAUGGGGUGAGCCCAAGCAGUGGGGCAAAAAGUGUGACCUACAACCUCAACCACACCAGCAUGAGCGGACCUUCCACCAAUGUAAGGCUGGGGGCCAGUGAACAGGGGCACCACAGAAGCCCCCCAACAGGGCUGAGCGGGCUCUCCGCACGCUACCUCAGCCGGUCCAUUCCCUCAUGUGACUCCGCCCCCUCCAGUCAGUGGCAUGGAAGCAACACGGAGGCGAACGCCGAGUCAACACACACAGAUCGCACGCUAGCGUCCCUUCAGUCUGAGUAUGUUCAGUACUAAAGCCGCCACUUUCCGCUAACCCCUCAUCCCGCACUGCUGGCCUGGUUCUGACCCAUGACGCCUUCACUGUGACCACCAAUUCACUGGCUUCUUGUCGCAAAGGGGAACGAAGCCGAAAGGAGAUGCUUUUGAGACUAAACGGCUCACGGUCAGCCUCAUGGUAAUGAUACGUCCUGCUAUGACAGAGCUGAUCUGGAAUCUGCUGCAUGCUGUUAAACAACAUGAACUUGCCUUGGCCGUCCUUUCAAAACAUCUUUAUUUUUCAUUCCUUUUUUUCUUUUCUUUUUUUUUUAGAUACUCUCCAUGUAUGAAUAUACAUAAUUGUACUGAAAUAUUUUUAGAUAAAGAAUUUUGUACUUUUUUUUUUGUCCUAUUUUAUCUAUGAUUCUUAUGCUCAGCGAACAAGGUUCGUUGGUUAUAUUUGUGUGUCUUUGGAUUAGGGAAUUUGUUCUGACGUAAAUAUCACGUUUUUGUCUCCUGAGUGUACUUACGGAGUAACAUAUCAAGUGCGAUGCUAUAUUUAAAAGGUGUAAAAUGGUUUGACAGCUACGUGUCAUCUUCAAAGGGAUUUUUGGCUGACAAAAGCAAUAAAGACAGUUUGUUUCCUUUAUUUGGGAUCUAAGGUGGGCUUGUCUCCACGCAACUGCGGACGGCUAAUGAGACCACGACCAAUUUGCAAGCAAACUUGUUUUUCUCGGGAAAAUGAAGGGCUUUGUUUGUUCAGUAUGAGAAACAGGGUGGACUCCUUGUCUUUUUUUCCAUUGUGACAUCAUAAUGUGUGUUAUUAUCAAACUAAUUGAGAUCUGAGCUCUCACGGUUUUCAAGGGCUGUUGAAAACGCAAGCACCGACACUUCAUCUUUCAGCAGUGUCUGUUUCACCAGCACCUCUGAAAUAUAUCUCAGAAUAUAUACGAGUGAGUUACGAGUUUCUGGCUGCUGGUUUUAACAUGCACCGUUUUUGCAUGAAGUAGCUUAAGCUGCUUAAAAUAUAUUUUAACGAUAACAAAUAUUAAUGUACCUGCAGUAGCUCACCCACAAGUUGUAACUUUUUAUUACAGUAGAGGAGAUUGUGUAGGAGAUGAUAUGAAUAACACAACCCUUUAUGUUAUUGCACAUAAUGAAUGUACAAACUAAUCUGGAAAGGUUGAUCCAGAGAGGGUUGUGUCUACUCUAAAUUCAGUUAUUUUAGGAUGUUUACAAUCAAGUGCAAAUUAUUUAUCGUACAGUGUUCUUAUAGGUUUACCAGCAGGGUUUAAGCUAAAACCUUUGGAUUAUUUACUUAUCACAAAAACUACAAUACGGUCAUUUAAUAACCCUAAGACAUUCCAAACUUGACUUUAUUUCUUCUGUGAAACACAAAAUAUGAUAUUUUGUGCAAUGUACAAUGUACUCUGUUUAAGUACUGGGACUAAGCUUAGAAAAAUGAUGACGACGCACCAUUAAAGUACUACAAGUUGUCAAUUCUUUGUUAAAUAAGCUUCUGAAGGCAUACGAUAGCUUUGUGUAAUUAUAUAUAUAUAUAUAAUUUUUUUUUUUUUUUUUUUUUUUUUUUUUAAUUGUGCGAAAAUAAUCAUUUAUUCAAGGAAAGUCUUCCCCUCUGCCGGAGCUCUCAAAUCUCAUUCAGUUCAAGAAUUUCUUGGGGAAACAUGUUGCUCCAGAUUUUAUGUAAAUGAGAAAUAAAAACAUUUAUAAUCAUGAUGUCAAAUCUUAUGCGACACAUCUCGACAAAAAAAAACAGUUGAAUGCGUAGUGGCGAAUGAAAUUUAAGAGCUACAAUAAAGGGGAAGCUUUUCUGUAAGCCUUCUGCCCAAUUUAUAUUCAUUACACAGAAAAGAGCAGCUUGAACAUUCUGCUGAACAUCAUCUUUUGUGUUCCACAGAGGAAAGUAAAUCAUACAGGUUGAUAUUAGGUGAGUAAAUGAUCAUCUUAAUUUUGGGGGCAACUAACCCAUAUCUUUCUGUUUGAACAAAUACUCCAGUACAAGCUUAUGCAAUUAUAACUUGAUUGACUGUUCUGGAUCUGGAUCUUUUAGUCCUGUAGCACUCUGUACAUUCCAGAUGGUGUUAUGAAUUAUGUGUAUAUAUGGUUUGGGAGAAUCUUUUUGAUUGAAGUAUUCUACCUCUUUGACAUACAUGAUGUAAACUACUCUCUUGCUUAUGAAAAUAUAGAUAUAUUUAUAUAUUUUUGGAGCAGUGUGUAAAGAAAAUCUAACAAUGUUAGAGCAGUGUUUGCUUUUCACAUACUGAAUGGACAUUAAAAUACAAUGUAGUGUGUUGUACAUUUAUUCUUUUGCAAUGUAAACACGAUUUCAAAGACCAGAACAAAAUAAAAGAUUAAUUUUGCUUUA